AUGAAUUAUAUUUGCCUAAACAAUGAUUUUAUUACUCAUCAACAUCAAUUUACGAAUUAUACAGCUUCAUCAUCAUCAUCAUCAUCAUCAUCAUCAUCAUCAUCAUCAUCAUCAUCAUCAUCAUCAUCAUCAUCAUCAUCAUCAUCAUCAUCAUCAUCAUCAUCAUCAUCAUCAUCAUCAUCAUCAUCAUCAUCAUCAUCAUCAUCAUCAUCAUCAUCAUCAUCAUCAUCAUCAAAUUCUGUAAUUUCGUUCUAA